UCCAGGGUAACAUAUAUGAGUUCAUACUGAGAUCUCUGUAGAGGCAAAAAAAUCUCACAUUAGAUCUCUAUAAUAUCUGGAUUUCCCCCACCUAGAUAAUAACGAGAUGCGUUUCUCUUGAGAAAAACACCCCAGUAAUCUCAGAAGAGAUAUCGAAAAUAUAUCAAACUGUGUUCAAAUCUCAAUAUAUGAACCCAAACAUAUCUUAUAUAGUUCUCAUGACAACUAUUGACUCGUUUGGGUCUGUUUUUAUUUCUCACAAGGAAUUUUAGGAGAAACAUCAAAGACAAAGUUGAUACCCAAAUUAAAUUGAGAAGUGGAAAAUCUCAGAAGAUGUCUCCUAAGGGUCUGACUUUGAUAUCUUGAGAAAUCUAAUCACAUUUUAAGACUUUAAGAUCUCUUCUGAAACUUUAAAUAAGAUACAUGUGAGGUUUCUGGGGUCUUUUUCACAGGAGAAACAUCUGAAGAAGAAAGAUAGUUGUACAGCAAAUCUCUCUAUUUAAGCUCAUUGGUUUCUCUGAUGGACAGCUGAGAUAUUAACAAGAUCUGUUUCUCCGUACAGGGCAGGUGUCCCAGCAAACGAUGCCGUCUCACCACAAAGAGCUCGUGCCUCAGCUGGCCUGGAUGGAGGUCAAUAAAACCACAGAGAAUACGAGUGCUCAAGCAUUUGACAGAAAACCUGCAAUCGUGGGCCCAGAGGUCAGCUUGAAGCAGACGCCCUUCGAAAGAGCCGCCUAUAACCUCGGACACAAGGAGAAGCUUGUCAAUGACCUCGCUUUCGGCAAACGGAUCAGCUUUUACGAGCUUCGUGGGGAAAUAGGCAAUGGAAACUUCUCCCAGGUCAAACUCGGCAUUCACGACAUGACCAAAGAAAGGGUUGCUAUUAAGAUCAUGGAUAAGCUGCGUUUGGACAAGCGCUCGCAGAGGUUGUUCUCAUCUGAGAUACGCUGCAUGGAGAGACUGUCCCACCCCAACAUCGUGCGUCUGUAUGAGGUGGUGGAGACGUUUCGCAGGCUUCAUCUGGUGAUGGAGUACGCGCCUGGAGGAGAGCUGUACUCCAGGAUCGCCACCAGAGGACGCCUGUCUGAUCUGGAGAGUAAACUGGUUUUCUCUCAGAUACUGUCUGCUGUCACACACAUGCAUGACAACAACAUCAUCCACCGGGACCUGAAGGCUGAAAACGUCUUCUACACCACCACAUACUGCAUCAAAGUGGGCGACUUCGGUUUCAGCGCUGAAUGCAAACCCACCGACAUCCUCACCACCUUCUGCGGCUCUCCGCCCUACGCCGCCCCUGAACUCUUCCGGGACAAGGGUUACAUCGGACCGCCGGUGGACAUCUGGGCUCUGGGCGUUCUGCUGUACUUCAUGGUGACGGCCACAUUCCCCUUUAACGGCUCGAGUCUGAGACGACUGCGCUUCUGCAUCCUCCGAGGAUCCUACACCAUUCCUGCGUUCGUGCCUGACCUCUGUCAGUAUGUGAUUAAGGGCGCGUUGAGGCUGGUCCCGGCUGACCGUAUAUCCCUGGCGCAGAUCAUGUCCAGCGCGUGGUUGAGGGGAACCGAUUAUCCGCUGCCGUACGCACCUGCUCCUCCCACACCUGCGCACCUGGCCGAUGCGUCACGGACGCUCUCCACCGAAGAGCGCUCGGUCAAACUCGCGCUCCAGGAGCUGGGAAUCACCGAGAGUCACCUCAGGAACAACGCGGUGCUGGACUCCCGAAGCCCGCUGACCGGGAUCUACCGGAUUCUUCUGCACCGAAUUCAGAGGCGCAGAUCCGUAGAGUCGGCGGGAUACACGCCGCUCUGUCCCGCAAAUACGCGUCUCGGCAGGAGGUGCUGGUCUCACCCUACGACCAUCUAUAGGAAACAAGAACAGUCCGCCGUCUGUGCCAUCCUAUAGACAACAUAAAGAAAUUCAGAGACAGGUGUGAUUGACUGGGUCGGUCUUUCUAUGAAACCAGAGCCUUUUCUACUUUUUUGAGCUAUUCAGCCAAAUAUGUAAAUUUUGUCAUCAUUUUGCCUACUCACCUUCGAGUUGUUCCAAACCUGGAUGAGCUUAUUUCAUUACCAAGAGGACAAUUUAAAAAUGUAAGAUAUUUUGAAGAAUGUUAGCAACCAAACAGUUGACAGUAUAGCCAUUGACCUCCAUUGAAUUUGUUCCCCAUACUUUUUAAGUCUGUGGCCAGCAACUCUUUGGUUAGCAAUAGCCUAUUGUUCAUCUUCUUUUGUGCUCAGCAGAAGAAAGAAACUCAUACAGGUUGGUAACAACUUGAGGGCAAGUAAAUGAUUACUGAAUUUUCAUUUAAUGUUCAUAAAUUGUAUGGCAAGCUUAAUUAAUGCAUGUUUAAUAAGUGUUGAGAUAAUAACAUAUUAUACAGCAUAAUAACAGCAUUGACUGACAGAUGGCUAAGUUUUACCAUUUUAUUUAGCAUUUUUUUCAUCAGUCAUUUACUGUAAAAUUGUAUUACUUGA